AUGAAAUUUAUCAAGAGUCUAUGUGCCGUCUCUUUAGCGGCCAUUUCGGUUACUCAGGCCCAAUGUGUCAUGAGUGGUGGUAAUUACUACUGUUCAGAGACCGAUGCUGUCGUUUAUAAAAACGUUGGAUAUUCCGGUUCUUAUAUGGAUGUUACCUCCAUGGAUGAGAAUACCGGUACUUGUCAACAAAGUUCCGAAUCUUUCUCCGGUUCGCUUGCUCCAUUGGAUGAGGAACUUUCUGUUCAUUUCAGAGGUCCUAUCAAGUUGCUGCAGUUUGGUGUUUACUAUCCAAGUGGUGAUUCUUCUUUGAAAAAGAGGGAGGAAGAAGACGAAGAACCUUGUGUCGAGAGUGUGCAGAAACAUAAGCACAAGAGAGAUGUUGCUGUCGAGUAUGUGGAAGUUACUUCCACUGUGUUUGUUAACCAGAACGGUCAGUCUGUAACCACUUCGGUGGCUCAGCACGAGGCCCCAGGUAACCCAGCUACCGGUAUGGUCUCUUCUUACACUUUUGUCAACACAGUUGUCUCUUCUGCUUCUUCUUCUUCUUCUUCUUCAACUCCAAAGGCUGCUACUACUGCGGCUACCACUUCUGGUGCAGCUUCCUCUGUCGCUUCCUCUGCCUCUUCUGCUUCUUCUUCAAAGACUUCAUCUUCGUCCUCGGCUUCUUCGUCGUCGUCGUCUUCGGCCGGUGCUUGGGUCAGAUCCUCGUACUUCCAACCUGGCUCUGCUUCCAACUGUGUGUUCAUGAACAACGAAGGUGGUUCUGCCGGUUCAGGUGUUUGGUCUGCCAAAUUCGGUAACUCUAUCUCCUUUGCUGCUUCUGAUGGUGUCAGUGGUGCUAGCUCCCCACAGGCGCUAGGCGAUGUCACCAUCAAGUCCAACAAUGAAUUCAUGAUCUUCUCUGGUUCCAAGUGUAGCGGUAACGACUGUGGUUACUACAGAGAAAAUAUCCCUGCCUAUCACGGUUUCGGUGGUAAGGACAAGAUCUUUGUCUUCGAGUUCUCCAUGCCUUCCGACUCUGGCAGUGGUUACAACCAAGAUAUGCCAGCUAUUUGGAUGUUGAAUGCCAAGAUCCCACGUACUUUGCAAUACGGUGACUCCAGCUGUUCGUGCUGGAAAACCGGCUGUGGUGAAUUCGACUUGUUCGAGAUCUUGACCGCUGGCUCCGACAAAUUGAUCACCCACAUCCACAGUGGGCAAGGUUCUGACGGUACUUCCUCCGGUGGUGGUGGUACUCAAGACUACUUCUCCAGACCUACUAGUGGAUCUAUGAAGGCUGCUGUUAUCUUCAACAGUGCCGAUGAGACCAUCCAUAUUGUUAAAGUCGAUGACGAUUUCGAUGCUUCUUUGUCUAGUGACGUGGUCAACUCCUGGUUGAAGACAUCCGGUUCAAGUGCCGCAUUGGCCUAA